GCUUCCCUCCCUCGCUCCCUCUCUAAGGGGAGGGGGGCCGCCAUGUGCGGAGCGGACGCGGUGGCUGCGCGGUGCUACGACCACUACGAGGCGCGGCUGCCCAAGCGGGGGAAGCCGGAGGCGGCGGAGGGCCGCCAGUGGACGCUGCUGGCGGCCGUGCUGAAGGUGGACGGCGGGACGGAGCCCGAAGUGGUUGCCAUGGGGACCGGGACAAAAUGCAUCGGACAAUCUGAGAUGAGGAAGACUGGGGACGUCCUGAACGACAGCCACGCGGAAGUGGUGGCCAAGAGGAGCUUCCAGAGGUACCUCCUGCACCAGCUGGGCCUUGCCAUGACCUGCCGCGGUCCCAGCAUCUUCGUCCCCGGCUCCGAGGAAGGGAAGUGGGCUCUCAGGCCCCAGGUCCGCUUCGUGUUCUUCUCCAGCCACACGCCUUGCGGGGACGCCUCCAUCAUCCCCAGGAUGGAAGCAGAAGCCCAGCCGUGUGAGCCGCUGAACCUCCCAGGCGCACCCAGCGGGAGUCGCGGGACGCCGGAAGCUAAAAGGGGUGCCGAAGAAACAACGGAUGCCCUCUUUCCCAAGAGGCCCAGAAUGGAUGGCUGCGGUUCAGCCGGCAGCGUGGGGCCCUCGGGGACGGACGGCACGGAAGCCCGAGCAGCGGACGUUCAUAGAACCGGCGCCAAGACCGUCCAGGGAGAGGCCGAUGACUCCCGGCAGCCAGGGGGCGCCUACCACAUGGUGGGCCUUCUGAGGAUCAAGCCCGGCCGCGGGCCGCAGACGGCCUCCAUGUCUUGCAGCGACAAGCUGGCGUGCUGGAACGUGCUGGGGUUGCAGGGAGCCCUCCUGAUGCAUUUCCUCCAGCGGCCGGUCUACUGGUCAGCCGUGGUGGUGGGGCGGUGCCCUUACAGCCGGGAGGCCAUGCAUAGAGCCGUCGUGGCCAGGUCUCUGAUCUGCAAGGUGGAACUCUUUCACGCCUUCCUGAAGCUGGUGGCCAGCGUUCCACCGGAGAAGCUGCCGGCGAGUCUCCGGGAAAAGGCAUUGGAGACCUACUGGGAUUAUAAGGAGGCGGUGACAGAUUACCAAGAGGCCUGGAAGGAGCUGCGAAGGGAAGCCUUGGCAUCCUGGGUGAGGAACAGCCGCGAGUACCUGAACUUCACCUGAAAGGGGAAAGAGCCAACUUGCCAUGACGUGUAGCUUGUGGUCCAGGCUGCCUUGGGCUUUGAGGGCUCCCUGCUCUAAGUGCCCGCAGGCAAACAGCUGCUGUGCCAGGGCUGACUGAGGUGCGAUGGCAACAGGAUGGAGAGCUGUCAGCUUUGGGGACUUCUCAGACUGCAAGGCUCAGAUGCUUGGAUGCCAACCUUCCGUCUACACAGGACAGACCCCUCUCUGGAUAUCACUCCGGCGGUGCUUCAGGCUGGGGAAAUCUGGACUCUAAGAACACAGCCCCCGACAAAAAAGACCUCUCCAAUAUGUAACAGCAAGAUUGCAGCGUUUCAUCUUUCAUCUUACAUAACAACUACAGUAGGACUCCUGUAUCCAUGUGGGAAUGGUUCUACUUUCCCCCCGCGGAUGCUGAAAAAUGUGGAUAAUAGUGAACACUGUACAUAGCAUGGCUUCUGCUCCCUCUAGUGGCCAGUUCUGGUAACUUCACCUCUGGAAAUGUGUAUUUCUAGGAUUUUUCUUUUAUUCUUCUUCAUAGUUUCAGAUUGUGAUUAAGUGAACCAGUGGAUACUGAUCCCACGGAUACGUGGAUGCUACUGUAAUUUGAACAUCUUCUGGAAAUGACAACAUAUAACUGAAACAGUACUAGCCUUUACCAUACAUUAGGGGGCUCCAACUCCUUUUUCAUCCUGUUAUUUGAUAAAAAUCGAUUUAAUCGUA